AUGGACAACCAAAAAUUGACAACAAUUGCUGCUAGUGGAGCAGCAUCGUUGGUCACUACUGAUGGCACUGAUCUGCUACCCAUUCACCUUCAUCAAGUCCUACAAAAUUUUUUACUGAUCUGGCUUGAUGCGAGUUUUAAUGAAACUCAGGAAGGUUUUAAGAAAUCAAUACAAUAUUUACGGAGUUUUGUGACAUCAAUCACGACGUUUACAAAUGCUGAUGAAUGUGUCAGUUUUCUCAGUAAAAUUAAAGAAGAAAAAGCGUUUAUGAUUGUAUCCGGAUCGUUGGGACCACAAAUAAUACCAGACAUUCAAGCAUGGCCACAGUUAGAUUCCGUUUAUGUAUUUUGUGACAAUAAAUCAGUUCAUGAACAAUGGGUCAAAGCAAUACCGAAAGUAAGAGGUGUGUACACACAAAUGGAAGCAAUUUGUGAAGCAUUAAAAGCUGACUGUGAACGCUGUGAUCGAGCUAUGAUCCCGAUCAGUUUUAAUGGAAUUGAUCCGUUAUUUAUGUAUACGCAAUUACUAAAAGACACACUUUUGGAAAUCGAAUAUGAUGACACAAAGUCUGUUAAAGAACUCGUUGACUACUGUCGUCUUCAAGAUAAUAUUCGAAAAGACGAAAUUGAUAAAAUUGAACAUAAAUAUUUUAGUUAUACACCCAUUUGGUGGUACACAGCUCCGUAUUUUAUGUACUCAAUGCUCAAUCGUGCUCUUCGGUUAAUGGAAGUCGACAUUAUACUCAAAAUGGGUUUUUUUAUUCAACAUUUACAUAAGCAUAUUGAAACCUUAGGUAAUGAACAACAGUCGACCAGCACCGCGCUUACUGGUCCAUUUCCAGUUUUUCGAGGUCAAGGCUUAUCACUUAAAGAUUUUGAAAAAAUGAAAACAACAAAAGGUGGGCUUAUGUCUUUCAACAAUUUUCUUUCAACAAGUCGUAAUCGCAAUGUUUCCCUUAAAAGUUUUGCAUUACCAGCAUCCAGAGAUCCAAAUUCAGUUGGCAUACUUUUCGUUAUGACCAUCGAUCCAACACUAUGUGCAACAUCAUCGAUUCCAUUUGUCGACGUGAAAGAAGUCGGCUUUUUCAAAGGUAAAGAAGAAGAAAUUCUUUUUUCAACACACACAAUUUUUCGCAUCGAUCGUAUUGAGCCAGUUGAAGAUGAUCAAACUGGUCGGCUAUGGCAAGAACAACCUUACCCUAAGAUCGGUGAAAAAUUACCAUAUCGAACAUUAAUGGCUGCAAUUUUAAUUUCGGCAACUGUAGAAAUUCGACAACGUUGUCCAAAUUGUAGUAGAAUUUCGAAACAUGUCGAAAUUAUACUACAAUUUGAACAUUGUCGAAAUUCCAUUUUACCUGAAUCUAAUAGUGUUUCUUUUCUUCGAGCUCUAAAUUGGACAAAACUUUUAGGAAAUAUGCUUUAA